GCGGGUGUCCAACAAUUCCUUUGGGCGGAGCGACCGGCACUUUCCCUCCCACAAUUCCUCAGGAGGCUUGGGACGCUGGCCGGCCUGCGUGUGACGUCCGCGAGAGGAGCAGAGCACCUCGCCAUCCGCCUGUCACUGUUCUCGUUUUUGCCACGAUGCUCUGGGCCUUGCGACUGCUGCUGCUCCUCGUCCUCGCUUGGCAGGUCCAAGGCAGGAGUGCCCCGCUAGACUUGGGUCUGAAGGAGGAGGCGGUAUCGCCGUCCGUCUCCCUGGCAUCAUUCCUGAAGACAUCGCCGCCGUCGGGGCUCGGCAAGCGCCGAUCCAAGAGGUCGGUUUUCCUGCACACCGGGGUGAGGGUCUGCCCUCAGGAGAGCGUCAGCGAGGUUCUGGCCAGCCAUCGGUCCUACUACCAGCUCCGAGUGUGCCAGGAGGCCGUGUGGGAGGCCUACAGGAUCUUCUUAGACAGGAUUCCCGGGACCAGCGAGUACCAGCGCUGGGUUCACGCAUGUCAGCAGGAGACGCUUUGCAUCGCCGACAUCGCCAGAAACUUCAGCAACUCUGAGGAGCACUUGCACAUGAUCCACGUGAGGAUGAAGCGCCUCAGAAACGAGCGGCCGCCAUCACGAGGUUUGCUGACUCCAAGUCCUGUCACGCACGACACGCGAGAAGUUCUGUCGACCACCGCUCUCCCCCACCAGGCCACUUCCUCUCCUGGUUCUGCCCCUGAUCAACAGUGGACCACCAUGGAGGACGUAGAGGAGGACUCUGACAUUCCUAACGUUGUCCCUGAGAGUCCGGCAGAGCAGAGGGUGGCGUUCAGCAUCGAUUUAGUGGAUCCGGGUUACAGAGAACUGCUGGACGACCCAGACUCUCCCCAAUACAUCGACCUGGCUCACCACCUGCAGGACCAGAUGCAGCACGUUUUUGACAAACGUCCGGGAUUCAAAAGCAUCCGUGUACUGCGAAUCAGCGAGACGCAGGAUGCUGACAGUGUUGGAGGAAUCACAGUCCACUACUCCCUGGUCUUUGAAAUAACGUCCCCGGAAACCCGCUCUGAGGCAGUGGACGCCACUCCUACGGCGUCGGCUGACUCCAAACUGAGGGAGAUGGUGAGAAAAGCGCUGCAGGAGGAUGCGUCCCUUCCAGUCGAUCUGGAAUCCUUGUACUUUGACCCAGGGGAUGUCCUUCCUGCGCCAACGUCGUCCUCCUUACGGGAACCUGGCGUGGAGGGCAGUGAACCCAACUCCAACAACGAAUUUGAAGUGUUCUUGGAUGACCCAGAGUUGGAUAAAAUUCGUCCACAGGUCCCCCUAUCUCCCUUGGAGAAGGAGAAUGCGCUAGUCACGCUACUGGAUCUCUCUGACGAGGAGGACCUGAGGUUUGAGCCAGAUGCACUGGAGCCAUCCAGUGAAGAAGAGGAGUUGAUCAUUUCUCAUAAAAUUGAGACCUUCCAUCACACUGAAACGGGAGAACUUGUCCGGGACUACACACCGAGCCCUCCUGCAAUGGCUGACCUGGACUUAAUGUCUGAGGACAACCAGACCCCCACCACGCACAUUUCACUGACCUCAUCUCCGGCUGACAAACCUUUGGACUCAAGCCUUGUCGCCACCACGCUGUCAGCUGCCAGAGGCCAGAUGUCCACUGAGCCAACAGAGGUUUUCGCAAAAGCUAUUUCCCUAACAGACUUGGGUGUUCAUGCCCCCAUAGAGGACAGUUUGGAAUUGGGGCCUGAGUCAGCAACAUCAUUGAGCGAGUUAGCAGUGAAGCCUGCCCAAGAAGUCCUUGAGGUUUUGGACCGGACAUCCGUACCAACUGAGGUUUAUGAGCUGGAGGGAGAGAAUGUUUACAUGCCAGAUGAGGAGACGAUGGGAGGAAAACAAGAAUUGUUCCCUGAACUGGCAGACUUACCCUUGGAUGUUCCCGGAACAGAGGACAAGGCACUUGAAGUUUUAAAGCCACAAGGAUUGGCACUAGAAGGAAAGUCAGAUGAUGACGUGGUUGAGCAGAAGGCAAAGGCAGAAGAACCACAUGAUAUGGAAGAAGAACGAUUUCCUGAGACAGAAGUACAUGUGCAAAAUGUUAGCCAUCAAAACAUCAUACCUAAUGUUUCACAGGAAACAAUACCUACUCUUCUUGAAGAACCAAUAACUGUUGUUUCAGAGGAACAUUUAUCUCAUGUUCUCGAAGAAGCACAAAAUGUUGUAGAGGAAAUGUUACCCGGCGUUACAGGAGAGCUCUUGCCUGAUGUUGCGGAAACACUAGAUGUUCCAGAGGAAACGUUACAUGGUGUUCCGACAGAACUCUUGCCUGAUGUUGUGGCACAAACAAUAGAUGUUUUAGAGAAACCGGCUACUACAAGUUCCACAACAAUUAAGGAGAAAAUGGUUGCUGUUCCAAAACCAGAAGCGGUUCCUGUGGUUACGACUCCAAGGGAUUCAUUCGUAGAUUCAGAGGAGGCACUUGGUGCAACUAAGGCAGCAUCUCAACCAGAACCAGCUCUAAUUAUAGAGGAGAAUGAAACAGGAGAUAAGGAAGUUGCAGAAUCACAAACACCAGCAAGCGUUCCAGAACAUAGUGGAGGAGCACUAGUGGGUUUUGAACUCCAUCCAGUAGGAGUUGAGGAAGAGACAGGAUAUGUUCCUGAGUCAGAAACAGAGGAAGAAAUGGACAAUUCAAUGAAAGUACUAGAAGCAGGAGAGCUGGAGCUGAUGCCAGAAACAAAGGGGGAUGAACAAGUUAACAGUGCAGAACCAAAAGAGGAAAACAUUUAUAUUCCUGAACCAAAUGAAGAGGAAACGAUUGACAUUUUAGAAGCGGUCCUGGAGCAUGACACCACUGAAUCACAAGCUGAAACCAUUCAGGUCUUUGCCCCAUUUGAUAAGGAAGGAGAUCUUCUCGUCGUAGAAAAUACAGGUGAGGUCCUUAAGCCUGUGGCACCAAGCCACAGGCCUCUGGAGAAUGCUCAUUUGCCCGAAAUUCCGGUAACAGGUGAGGAGGACGCAGGUGAACUCAAAUAUCCCAUCAUUGACAACUUGGUCUCUGAGGUGGGAUCGAAUGGUGUGCACCAUCAGGUGGGACUGGACAUCAAUGCUGCAGAAUCAGCCAAGACUUCUAUUGAGCCAGCAGACAUGACUCCUUCAGACAGAGGUGCUGGAUCACAGGAGGACUUGCUGGAGGAGGCCAAAAAGGAUUUCACACUAAAAAGUGAUGCCAGUGUGAGAGCGAUGCCUGAGAAACCAGCAACAACAGCUUCAGACUCCUCAGCAGCACCGGCAACAACUUCUGCUGCUGGAUUCUCUUCUCAUGGCCCAACUGUGGACCUUGGACUCUUCGAGGUGGCGGAACCACAUGAACAGAGUGCACCGUCCAUCAUCAUCAUUGAGGAGGACAUGAAAGAAGCUGAAAACCAGAUGAGUAGACCGGUCGCUGCGGAGGACGUUGUCGGCGAGGCUGUCAGGGACCUGGCAGAGGAAGUAGAACAAGCAGACCUGGUGACCACGAACCCACCAGACGAAGGGAGCGGCUUUUUUGUGGCGCGCACGUCAGACAGCGCCACGGCCCCACCCACUGUGAGAUACCUGACCACACCCACAAUGACAACAGCCACUCACGGCCGGGAGCUGGUGGUCUUUUUCAGCCUGCGCGUCACCAACAUUGACUUCUCGGAGGACCUCUUUAACAAGACCUCACCUGAGUACAGGACCCUGGAGAACACCUUCCUUAAUGUGCUGUUGCCGUACUUGCAGGCCAACCUGACGGGAUUCCGCAACUUGGAGAUCCUGAACUUCCGCAAAGGCAGCGUGGUGGUGAACAGCAGGAUGAAGUUGGCCAAGUCGGUGCCAUACAACAUCACGGAGGCGGUCCAGUGCGUCCUGCGGGAUUUCUGCUCCGCCGCUGCCGCGCUCCUGCACAUCGACAUCGAUAGCCGCUCGCUGGAUGUUGAGCCAGCUGACCGGGCCGACCCCUGCAAGUUCCUGGGCUGCGGAGUCGGUUCUCGCUGCGUCCUGGAGUUGCCGGGAUCGUGGCGGUCCGGGGAGGCGCGGUGCCAGUGCGAGCCGGGCUUCCUGUCUGUGGACGGCCUUCCGUGUCGGAGUGUCUGUGAGCUCCGACCCGGACGAUGCGGAGACGGCGCAGUGUGUCACGUGGAACCUGGACGCGGCGCCGUGUGCAGGUCCAAAGGCAGCGAGCGCCUCCUGGCGGCUUAAAACGCCCGACGUCCUGGAAGUCGCGAGCCCACGACAGCAGCUUCAGCUUCUUUCAAUCAACGUUUAUCUUCUCAUGAGAACCUCGAACGACGAAAAGAAAACCGCUGGCCCGCCUUCGUCAUCUCAGAGCGCCCUCUAGGUGGCAAAGGGGGAAGUUGCGCUUUCCUAGAUCUUCCGCUGCUUGUUCACAUGACUCGUUCAAUGUUUCUUCCAUUUCACCAAACAAAAUGUGUCAAAACCUCUUUUUGUCUUGCUGCUUAACUGGUUUGCUUUGGUCACGUGUUAACACGGUCAAGUUCACACACUCGUUCCGAGACCCAUUCAGAAGGUUUCAAAUUGUGAGGAGGAGCAGCGGCAGCGGCAGCGGCAGCACUCGUUCGGGAAGCCCUGAGGAGGACAUCAGAGGCUACUGCGGCUACUCAUUGAACCCAUUACAAUCGUAAUAACAGUAAAGACAUACAAGAGUUCCGACUCACAAAUUCAAGCAUAUUCAUUCAUAUCUCAGAAAUAACAGCAUUUAUUUUGCUGUCCGCUAUUGUGUGAAUGCAAAAUGGUUGCCUCAGCCUGGUAAUUCAGCUCACAGAUCCCUCCGGAGUAUCGCAACAUCGGGAGCGGAGUAACAAAGUAGGACCGUUUGGAAAAGACGCAACGACACAGAUGUGUGCUCGUUUUCAUGGAAAAGGCAAAUUAAGCAAUUGGAGAAAAAUCUGAUCGAUCCAAAAAUGUCAUGACCAUAUUCACCAAACACAUUGCAAAUCAUCAAACUCAUUUCAGACAGCAAGCGCACUAAAGACAGUUUGGCAUGAUUUUUCUGCUCUGGCUCUCCUGAGGGUGGGGGGGGGGGGGGGGGGGGGUCAUCGGGUCCCCGCGGCCCCCACCGGGUGGCCAGUUGUCGGGGCCCCUCGGCGCGGGACGUGUCCCGUCCGCCGGGCCGCUCUCGGGUGGACCCCUGGGCCCGAUCCCAGGCACGGCAAUUACAGGACACUCCCGUCAGUCUUUGUGCUUGUCAAAUUCACUCGCGCGUGUCCGCAGGCACGCAGCCCCGGGACUCUUUCACUGGGUGUGGGGCCACUCGCCGACUGCGUCAAAUAACUCAUGAAUAUGCGAAUCGCUUGCGUUUCCCCUCACUCAUAGCUUCGUCCUGUCGACUUAUAAUUUACACGGUCAAUCCCACCACGCUUGAGUUGUACAGCCGGGUUCAGGACCCUUGUCCUGCAUGCUCUAGCUUGUCCUGUCCUUCCCUCACAGGGUGUAGCACGACAGCCCCGUGCAACGCUCAUAUUUCAUCUUUCAGUGUCGGAGAUAACGUAAUGACGUACUUUUCUCAUCCUGUCUACAAUUAGUGCUUUGUCUUUUGUCUUCGCUUCUCUCUCCCCUCUAGAAAAUGUGUUCUGUUCGACUCUGAUUCUCAAUAAACUUCAAUGAUACUGCUAAGAAACCACA